CUGAUUAAAACUGUUUAAUUAAAGAUGAAUAGGACUUAUCUAACAAAAGUCAUUUGUGCAACAAACUACCAUUUUUCCUUUAAGUAUGGCUCAAAUUUCUUGUAAGGCUGUACUACUGGCUGAACAUCAAUAUAUUGAACACUGAUAACUGUAUGAACUAUUUGUAGAUGGUAAUGCACUUUUUAAAAUCAGUGAUUAAAUAAAUUAUAGUGUUGGUGUUUUAUCUGAGCUGUGUCUUGCAUGCAAAACAUGUUUCCAUAUUUAUAAUUACAUUUUUAGCUUUAAAGCUUGUAGGAGCUACAAAGAGGCUUGUAAUUCCUUCUUUGACUGUGUUAACUUUUCAUACAUGCCAGUAAAACAUGCAGAGGCGAAGACGAAUAAAUCCAAAGGAAGAUGCCAAAUAUUAUAUUGAUACCAAAACAGACAAAGUGGGACUUGAUGUCAAGUACAUCAAUGCCUUUAAAGGUCGUGGUAUCUUUGCCACAACCUCUUUUCAGAAAGGGGACUUUCUGUGUGAGUAUCAAGGUGAACUGAUCAGUAAAGAGGAAUGUGAGAGGAGACAGAAAGUUUACCAUGACAAGCUUAAAGUGUUCUUGUUUGAAUUCUACUUUAAUGGAAAACUCUGGUGUGUUGAUGCAGCAAAAGAAGAUUGCUCUCUUGGAAGGCUUGUAAAUGAUGACAAUAUCAGUCCGAAUGCCAAAAUGAAGUAUCUGACCGUGCAACAGAAGCCACAUUUGUGUUUAUUUGCAACUCGAGAUAUCAAUCAGGGAGAAGAGAUUACGUACAAUUAUGGGGACUCAGACUGGCCAUGGCGACUCAAGAACUCAAGUGGGAUGUCUUCAACUGGGCAAGAUGUUGAGGUGCCAUCCACAUCACAGUUGGUUUCAUACUAUGGAAUGGUAUCAAGCAAAGACCAGAUCAGAGCUGAAAAUGACCAGGAUCAGAUGACAAGCAAUGUCCCAAACAAGACAGAUCCAGUACUGGAUUCACUACCCAUCACUUCAGAGGAAUUGGAAGAAGAAAUGUCCCAAAGUCCUGACUGUAUUCAAACAACUUCUAUAGCUGGCAGCACAGAACAGAUCAGAGCUGAAAAUGACCAGGAUCAGAUGACAACCAAUGUCCCAAAUGAGACAGAUCCAGUACUGGAUUCCCUGCCCAUCAAUUCAGAGUGUCAAAAACAUCACCUGAUGUGCACAACAGUAUCCUCUUUAGAGAAGUGUACUCAGUGUUUUGGACCUUCUUCUUCAUUCAAGUGGGUUGGUUACCAGUGCAAAGGUUGUUCAAAAAUCUGGCAUUCAUACUGCCUUAAAAAAAUUACAAAGGAUGACAGAUCUCAGGCAAAAGAACUUUUUAAGUAUUCGAUAGCUGACUCCUCAUCAGAUAACAACACGUCACCUUCCAAACAAUGUGAAAUGUCAGAUGAGGACCAUGCAUCUGAUAUUGACUACAUACCAAAUUCAGAAACUGCAGAAACUGAUGAAGACUCAGACAUUAGCAUUCCCCUUCAGCCCAUCAAGUCUAAAGUUGGACAAAUUCAAGGAAACCCAACAAUACCCGAUCUCACUUCAUUUUUGCCAGACUCAAGUUCCGUGGUUGAACCUUGCACAUCAAAUUACUGGCCUCCUUUUCACACAGAUGAUAUGGGUGAUGGCACAUUCAAAACAUUCAGCCCAGCCAAGUCUACCAAAGACUCAAACGAUAAACCAAAAUGUCAAAAGGAGCCUCACAAACAGGAAUCCUCACAGCAUAUUAUGAGUGCUAAGAACUACUGCUUUGUGUGUGGUAGGCCACAGACCAAAAUUUCACGCCAUUUAAAAACCCACAAGACACAUGCUGAAAUUGCUUAUGCCUUUUCCCUUCCGGAAGACUCAAAAGAGCGCAAGGUUCUUCUAGAAAAAAUGAGAAACAAGGGGAACUUCAAACAUAACUGUGAGGUUUUACAAAGUGGGAAAGGAUCGUUGAAAGUUAAGAGAAAGCCAAAAGCAAAGACUGGAACGUUUAUACAUUGUAUGUACUGCCAAGGUAUGUACAUUCGAAAGGAACUGUGGAGACAUGUCCAAAGAUGCCCCUGUAAGCCACAAAAUGAAGAUUUGAACCAAAGACAUGGGAGAACCAAAGUACUGGGUUUUGCUAUGGCUCAAGAGUCUGCAUUCUGUCAGGAGAUUUCAAGUGGGGUUUGGAAGCUCCUUGGUCCCAUGAAGCAGGAUGAUGUAGCCACAGUUGUGAGAAAUGACCUGACCAUUAUUCAGUUGGCCCAGUCUCUCUACAACAGACAUGGACAAGACCCUACCAAGUACGAGUACAUCCGACAGAAGCUCCGUGAAAUUGGACGUCUGUUAAUAUGUCUACGGUCUGAAUUCUCUGUACAUAACUUGGAGGAAGCUGUGAAACCUGCUAACUUCCAAAGAGUUGUCCAGGCAGUAAAGAUUGUCUGUGGUUUUGAUGAAGAAAAGCAUUCAUACCAAACACCAAGUCUUGCACUAAAACUGGGACAUACACUUCAGAAAAUCAGUGACAUUAUCCAUUGCCGAGCACUCAUGGCAGAAGAUGAAGAACUGAUUAAGUCAACAGACACUUUCAAAAAGCUGUAUACAUCCAAGUGGUCUGAGUUAGUGUCACAUACUGCCUUGAACACUCUGAGUCAUGCCAAAUAUAAUAAGCCAUUAACCUUACCAUUCACAGAAGAUGUUCAGAGUCUUCAUAGGUAUCUUAAGGAAUCUGGAGAAAAUGCAUUUUCUAACUUGAAAGAUGAGGUCAGCCCCCAGAAUUAUGCCAAACUUGCAAAAGUUACGCUUGCACAGGUCAUUGUGUUCAAUCGAAGACGAGCUGGAGAAGUCUCAAAGAUGCAUCUCAGAGGUUUCCAGCAGAGAGAUGACUCAAAGCUCCAUGAAGAUGUUGCUGCUGGAUUGUCUAAGGUUGAAAAAAAGCUCUGUAGCUACUUUAGUCGUGUUGAAAUAAUUGGAAAAAGAGGUCGAAAAGUUGCAGUUCUCCUUUCUCCAGAUGUGGUGGAUGCUCUGACUCUGCUGGUCAGCAAAAGAGAGCAAUGUGGUGUUUGCUCCACAAACAUCUUUCUUUUUGCUCGACCAAGAUCUCAAAGUCACUACAGAGGCCAAGACUGUUUGCGUGUUUAUGGAAGCCAAUGUGGGGCGAAGCAUCCAGAGUUCCUCAGGUCCACACAACUCAGGAAGCAUGUUGCCACAUUGUCACAAGUCCUUAACCUCAAAAAUAAUGAAAUUGACCAGGUGGCUGACUUCCUGGGACAUGAUAUUCGUGUCCACAGGGAAUUUUAUCGCUUACCUGUGCCAACAACACAACUGGCAAAGAUUUCUAAGCUCCUUUUGUCCAUGGAGAAAGGACAUGUAUCCACCCUGCAAGGAAAAUCCCUUGAUGACAUCGAAAUUGAAGAUGAAAUAGAACUAAGUGAGGAUGAAGAAAAAGAAGAUUUAAGUGAUUUGGAUGACUGUGAUUCUGUGGAACCUGAGGAACCUGUGGAACCUGUUGAACCUGUGGAACCUGAGGAACCUGUGGAACCUGUUGUACCUGUGGAACCUGUGGAACCUGACCAAAGCAAGAACAUGGAUAAUUUGUUGGGAGCAGUGUCAUCGACAGCAGAGGAAAUUGUUCCUUCUGUUGAAGAGACCUCCUCUGUUGCACCCAGAAGACAACCAAAAAAACCAUGGUCAAGUGCUGAGAUUUCUGCUGUUAUGAGGCAUUUUAAAGCUCACAUAGGUAAAGGAAAACUUGCCACUAAAAAUGAGUGCAAUCACUGCAAGUUGGUGGAAGGUCCUGUGCUGGCUCAAAGAACAGCACAAAACAUCAGGGACUUUGUGAGAAACCGUGGAAUAACUGCUAAGAGGCAGGCACAAAAGAAAAGGCUCUAGAUUUUAUGUGAAGCAAUUACUUGUUCAAAAGAGUUCUGUUUAGCUCAUGCUACUAAAACAAUUUUCUUCAUUGCCUAUCGAAUAAUAUUAUCUGUAAAGUUCCAUGACUUAAAGGCUGUUUAAAUGUAGUUGUGUUGAUAGGCAGAAAAAUGUUUUUCUAAUGGUGAGGCAUUUUUCUGUUGUCCAGCAUAAAAAUGAUUGGAAAAGAUGGCAGAAUUUUAAUUUAACAUUCUUUUACUUAUUUUUUUUUAUAUUUAUAAUACAUGGCAACAUUCUGCACCCUAAAGCCCUUAUUUUACUUCUCUGUAUGUUUUGUUGAGCCACUUAAAUUUGACUUUUUUGUUUUGGUAAUUUCAAUUUCAGGCAUACUUUUACUUUUUAAAGAAAAAUAAUUGAAUUAUUUGGUCAUAUUUGCCUAAUAAAAUAUGUUCUGUUAAUGCUUUGUGCUGUCAGGUUGUGUAUUUAUGCUAAUCAGCAGGUUUUUAAAUAUGACGUAAUUGUCCGUAAUUGUCCCUUUAAAGUCCUCACAAUACUUUGUUUUGUUCUUAUAAACCACCUUUUGCUGAUGUCCAUAUAAGCCACCAUGAUGUCA